ACCCAGCUACUUGGACUCGUCCUGCGUCACAUGUAUGCAAGAUUGUGUUGCGUUAACUAGACGGCAAGCGCAGCUUCGGAGUUCCUCGAAUUUUCUGCGCUUUUUUACGUCAGUUUCUACCCAAUUUUGGUUGUCAUCGGUGGCAGAACAUCAUAAGGAGGAAUGCCACGUCGACGUAAGAAUAAGACUUCUGCUGAAUUGAUGAGGCUGAAUGCCUGGAAGGGACAACAGGAAACAAAGACAGCUGGUAAGCAGGAAUUGGAGGCCUUGGUUGGCGUUCGAGCACCCUGAAAAAACCAUGGACCAGUACCUGUCUCGUGAUGGUCGAAGCAUGCAGAAUCGUCAUCCAGCAGAUCUUGAAGCAUGGGCCACACAGGUAGAAAUAAAUGCGAUGUCUUCACUACUGGGAAGACGCAUCUUUGUGUACGGUAAGCAUGGCUUUAACAUUAAGUGGGAAUGGAUGAAGUACCCAUGGUGUGAGAGUAAUACAAGCAUGUUAGAUGGUAGAAAUGCUAUAUACAUGCAACAUACGAAUGGUAACCAUUUUGAUGUUGUCACAGCAACAGUUUUCAACAAAAGACAGACAAGGAGUAUGUCGCGGCGCCACAGAGAGGAAACUACAGAAGCCUCACAAGUUGCCUGCAUCAAGAGAAAGACUGUGCUGAAUGCCAAUAAUGAUGACGACGACCGGAAAAGGGUCAGACGAGACCGAGAAAGGAAACGGUACCAGGAGGAUCCGGAAUAUGCCAAGGCCCAACGGGAUGGAAAGAAGACUCGAUAUCGCUAUCACACUGAUGAUGACUAUAGUAAUAAGAUGAAGGUCCCAGAAAUACCCCCUGAGCUGAAAAGUCUCAAUACUCUGGAGUCCCAACUGAUAGCCAAGAGAAUACCAUUCAUGAAAGUUGCAGCUCUCCCGAAAGGGGCGGUACGUCAAUCGAUGCAGACUGGGCUACUUCUUGGAAUGAAGAAGGAGGCCUUGUUGAACCAUCUGAUGCUGAACAAGGAGGGAAUGGCACCUUAG